AUGCCACUUCCGUUCUCGGCCGUCUGCGAUUUGCUCGAGCACUCGUACCGGCUAUGCCAGUCCCGCAAGAGAAACGUCGCCGCGGUGCACACGUGGUUUCGCCGGCACCGCACUGCCGUCGACGCGCACGAUACGGACCUGGCGGCGCUGCUGUCGACGCUGCUGCCGGAGAAGCGCACCGACCGGGUGUACUGCAUCCAGACGCCGACGCUGGAGAGGAUCAUCGGUCGAGCGCUCAUGCUCGGCGCUUCCAGGAUGCUGGAGCUGACGACGUACAAGCGGCCGGGUGCGGGAGUCGAUUUGGCAGAUUGCGUGGAGAGGAUUCUCUCCGUGACUCCGAACGCUGUGCAAGAGGACCGGUGUCAAGUCACCGUGGAAGAAGUAGACCAGUUGCUUCACGGCCUGGCCGCGCGCAUCCGAUGGAGCGCCCCGGCGAUCCGGCAGUCCAGCGCCUCCAUGUCGCAUCAGAGCCGCGGCGACCUGGAAUCCGUCUACAGACGCCUCUCCCCGCGCGACGCCAAGUGGUUCACGCGGCUUGUCCUGAAGGACUACCAGCCGCUCAUCUUUGACGCGCAGCUGCUCUACCGCUCCUGCGACCCGGUGCUGCCGUGCAUUCUCCAGAUUCGCGACGACUUUACCGAAGCGCUGGAUGCGAUUUCCGCCGCGCGCGGGUCAUUACUGCCGAUGACGGCAGCGGCGGGGGGCCCUGGGGCGCUGAGUGCACGGAGGGUGCUGGCGACGAUUAAGCCGAAGCUGGGUGUGAAAGUUGGGAGACAGCAGUGGCACAAAGGACGGAGUAUCAAGCAUUGCAUUGAUAUCGGUACCGGGCGGAUGAGCGUGGAGAGGAAAAUGGAUGGCGAGUACUGUCAGAUUCAUGUGGAUAUGAGUAGACCGAAAAAGAAGGUGCAGAUAUUCUCCAAAAGCGGCAAAGACAGCACGGAAGAUCGAGAGAGGGUUAUACCCGCGAUUGAGAGAGCGCUCAGGCUUAAUACGAAUGAGUGCGGGUUUCAAAAAGCUUGUAUACUAGAAGGCGAGCUGGUUGUGUACAAUGACUUGGAAAACACGAUAAUGCCAUUUCAUAAAAUCCGUGGCCAUGUUACUCGUCGAGGACGGUAUUUGAAUACGGAGCAAGACUCACAACCAAAUCCGUAUGAGCAUCUGUUGAUGGUUUACUACGACAUUUUCCUGCUGGAUGACCAGUCCCUUAUGGACGUGGUACACUCAGAGCGAUUCAAGCUUCUUGAGAAGGUCAUCCACUGCGAGCGUGGUAUUGCCGUACUGGUACAAAGAGAAAUACUUGACUUUCGUCAUUCCAUGGCUGCAUCGGCUCUGCGAAAGGCCUUUGCCAAGGUCGUCAUUGAGAGAGGUGAGGGGCUUGUCCUGAAGCCUGAUGAGCCAUACAUCAUCAUCGGCGACAAUGGACAAACCACGUCGUGUCGUUGCAUCAAGCUGAAGAAGGAAUAUAUUGGGGCGUUUGGCGAUGUAGGCGACUUUGCGAUAGUGGGUGCUGGUUUUCAUGCUGCCAGGGCCAAGGCAUACCGUAUACCGAACCUCAAGUGGACGCACUUCUACGUCGGGUGUUUGAACAAUAAAGAAGAAGUCAGGCGUUGGGACCACAGACCCGAGUUUACCGUCGUCUGCGCUGUUGAGCUCUCCGAGGCUCUUUUGCGAUCAUUUCUCGCACUCGGCGAGCUCUCAGCCGUGCCGCGUGCGGAGAACACGUCCACCAAGCUGACCAUACCAGCAGGCAUCCAGUGUCCCGUGGGCUUGACCGUCGCGUUUACGAACCCUAUGGUUGUGGAUCUACGCUGCUUCAGCUUUGACAAGCCGGGCAAUAUUGGCUUCUGGACGCCGCGCUUCCCCGCCGUCACCAAGCUGCACACUGACCGGGACUACACGGACGUUGUGACGUUUGACGAGCUGCAGGCCCUGGCCAUAGAGGCCGUGGAGAAGCCGGAGCUGGAGGACAGCCAGGAGAACCUGCGCUGGAUUGCAAAGCUGGAGGGCGCCGACCCACGGGGCAUCGCGGUGGACGCGGUGAGCCAGGCGACGGCGAGCACGAUGCCGACGCCGUCACCGGCCAAGAUGACGCAGAGCACGGCGUCGGCGGGUAGCCAGUCGUCCAAGGCGGCAACGGAGAUGAGCCGCCACAGCCACCACGCGACCUUGACAGAGACGAUUCGUGAAGAAAAUGUGCAGAGAGAUGCGUCCAUCUCCAUUAUAUCGAUUUCCACGUCUUCGGCGACCGAGGAACUGUCCCCGCAAAAGACGGCAAUAUUUGCCCCGGCGAAACGGGCCCAGGACGUGCGCUCUUCGGAGCAGAGCCUCAAACGCGCAUGCAGGGCAAGCUUACGAGACAGCUCCGUCCUGCCGAUUGCGUCGCCGCGGACGCCACUGGGGAUCAUUGACGUCAACGUCUCGUACGGUGACUCCCAGUCGGCUGAUGGCCUAGACAGCCAAGCCACGGUGAAGCUGGAGCCGCGCAGGGCCGAAACAGCUGAGCAUGACGUUAUUGAGAUUUUGAGCUCGGAUGCAGAGGAGGAUGAACCGACGCAGGAGAUGGACAGCCAGAGACGCUUCCCAGCACCGGCUGUCCCCAUGACGGUUUCAUCUCAGGGCGAGAAGGCACAGAGGCUACGAUGCAAGCACGUAGGCGAUGAAUGCGGAUUCGUCGGAAAGACGUUGCUCCUGUCGAGCCCGGCGCUGCUGCAUCUCGCCGAACUGACGAGCCUGUUCCACGAGCACGGCGUGGACGUGCCGCGCGUCGUCCCAUGCAUCGAGACAUGGUGGAAGACGCAGCGGAAGCAGAAGCAGGAGCAGAAGCAGAGUCGCGUGCUGCUGCUGCUCGUUGAUAGCGUGCACCACGGCGCCGAGACCUCAGCCCUCAUCGCAAGGCUGAAUGCGGCGCGCAGGGACGACGUUGGGCUGCGGGACUGCAUCACCGUGUACGACUGGCGUGUGCUGAAGCAUGUGUCGAUUGCGGAGGAUGCGCGGAUUACGAAAAAGUACUAUGAUGGGUUUCAGGAUCCGUGGCGGCGGUGGUAUUGUGGGCUGGUGUAG